CAUCCCUGUCAAAAACCUAAUUGACAUUUUGUCUGUCAUCAUUGUCAAUUGUCAUUGUCAUUUACACGUUGUUCACUGUCGGUGUAGCGAUUUCCAUUAUUUUAUUCCCUAAUGUAAACUAAGUAUUAUUAUAGCCGACCAGUACUAUUAAAUAAACAUGAACUGCAAAAAAUGUUAUUCUCCUAGUACGGUGAUAUUGAGAAAGAAAGAUUAUUAUUGUGAUAAUUGCUUUAUGUUAAUUACUAAUCAUAAGUUCCGUGCAUGUCUGGGGAAAAAUAAGGUCUUAAUACCUUAUGAAAAUGUAAUGAUUGGGCUCUCAGGGGGCGUGGGAUCUACAGUUUUAUUAGAUUUAGUUCACCAUGCUACGUCUCUAGAAAACACUAAAAAGCUACGGAUAUCUCCAUUCUGUUUACAUUUAUAUGAUGAUGAUAGCAGAGAAUUAGCAGAGUCUAUAAUUAAACAAUGUCAAACAUAUAAAAUUGAUGUAUUUGUGGUACAUCAAGCUGUGUAUAUAAAUUCUAAGUAUGAAUUACCUGAAGCAAACACUUUACAAAAAAUUUGUGAAAGUGAAAGGAGAGACUUUAAGGAUUUAAUGAACAGCAUGCCGCCAUCAGCAGCUAAUGAUUUUUUACUGAAAAUAAAACGCAUUCUCUUAGUUGAGUUUGCAAAGAAAAUUAACUGCAGUGUUGUUUUUACAGCAGAAACUACUAAUACUUUGGCAGUUAACUUACUUACUAAUUUAGCUAUUGGCAGAGGAUCACAAGUGCAAUAUGAUGUUGGAUUUUGUGACAAUCGCGACGACAAAGUGAAAAUCAUAAGACCCAUAAAAGACAUCAGCAUUGAAGAAUUGAAUUACUAUGUCUCCAUAAAGCAGUUAACUCCAGUUAAUUAUAAUCAUAUUAAAAGUAAAAGCUUACAGUCUGUAAUCUCUUCAUUUGUGUCCGAACUUCAAGAUAAUUUUCAAGCCACUAUAUCUACAGUUUGCAAAACUGCUGAUAAAAUUGGAGAUCAGAGGGAAUCUAUUAAUAGCGAAAAAUGCUUAAUCUGCGAGAGUGACCUAGAUAUGAAAAACAUGAAAAUGUCGGCAUUUGAAGCAACAAAUGUAUCAAGAAUAGUGUCGCUUAAAGACAGCCAAGCAGAUCCAACUUACCAAGAGACAUCUGAUAUCUUACAUCACAUGCAAAAUAACACCAACACUUCCGUUUUCCCACUCAUAAAUAAAUAUCUUUGUUAUGGUUGUAGCAGGAACCAUUCAGAAAUGAAUCUACAUAAAUUACCAAACCAAUUACAAAAAGCUUUAAGAACAAAUAAUCUAGGAAUAUAAUGUAAUUACUUUAUUUACUUGGCAAUUUAAAUAGAAAAUAAAAAAUGUUUCAAAUUCGUCUGAUCAUUAUUC